UUGUAAGUCACGUAGCACAGGGUCAGGAAUGGUUUGGCUUCAAAAUGUGGGCUUUUUUUUUUCCUGCUCCCUCCUUCAGCUGCACUUUUCCCGCGACACACUUCAGUCACAAGAUGAAUGCAGUCAGCUACAGCAUGACAUAGACAAGCUAUAGACAGUUGAGAGAGGAAGAAGUCAGUGGCACCCUCACCUCAGACAAGACAAAGCUAACAAUUGAUAAUGAAAGAGUGAUGGGUGAUGUUGGUGAGUUGGGCAAGGAGGUGGAGGAGGAGGAGGAGGUGGAGGAACUCUUGAGAGAGGAGAAAGAGAGAAAUUUCUCACGGGUGGAAGAGUUCAACAUCAACACGUGGAAGUUCCGAGAAGUGAACCCAGCGAUAACGAGGAGCCUGGAGGAUGAACUGGAUCUGUCUAACUGGGAGCCUGUUGCUGAGACUCUUGGCCUCACCAACUCACAAAUAGAGCGGUGCCUGAGAAGCGAUGCCUUCACCCACGCUGUGUUCACCACGAUGGAGGAGUGCCCACACUUCCAGGACCUUACUGUUAAGAGGUUCCUGAAGACCCUACUUGAGGACAACCGCCGAGACAUUCUCUCCAAGCUGGAGAAGUUUGUGCGCCCGAAGCCAGGGAGUGAUGCUGCUAAGACCUUCACUCUGUCUAUCCAGAGGGAUCCGCAGGUGCUGGUGGUGGAAUCUUGCUUGGACAGUGUGGAUGGCAAGCAGUCAGGGUUCCAGUCAAAGGUGGUGGUGAUCCAUGCCCAGGACACCAGGGAGGAUGCACUGCAGCUUGCAUCUCAGCUGAGGAAUCCCAUGGAGGGCAACAGAUUGUAUGUGUUGCUUCUGCAAGAGUCUAAGAAGAACACACAAGUUAAGAGCAGCCUGAGGUGUGAUCCAUGGAACAGCAUCCACAAGUGGUUCAUCAAGGUUGACGCUGUGCUGCCGGUACUGUCGCCUCAGCUUCUGCGUCAGAUUCAGAACAGAGACUUCAGCAGAGAGAGUGAGUGGGAGAAACGCUACAACCGCUUUGCCCACUCGAUGAUGCUAGACCAGCAUGUGGAGUACGGGAGCAAGAAUGGGUUCUGCCGUGCCGUUUGUCCUGCCAGAUUCCCGGAGGAGCGGUGCCUGAGAAGCGAUGCCUUCACCCACGCAGUUUUCACCACGAUGGAGGAGUGCCCACACUUCCAGGACCUUACUGUUAAGAGGUUCCUGAAGACCCUACUUGAGCACAACCGCCGAGACAUUCUCUCCAAGCUGGAGAAGUUUGUGCGCCCGAAGCCAGGGAGUGAUGCUGCUAAGACCUUCACUCUGUCUAUCCAGAGGGAUCCGCAGGUGCUGGUGGUGGAAUCUUGCUUGGACAGUGUGCCUGUAACACACAGGCACAUUUCUCCAAAAGGUUGACGCUGUGCUGCCAGUACUGUCGCCUCAGCUUCUGCAUCAGAUUCAGAACAGAGACUUCAGCAGAGAGAGUGAGUGGGAGAAACGCUACAACCGCUUUGCCCACUCGAUGAUGCUAGACCAGCAUGUGGAGUACGGGAGCAAGAAUGGGUUCUGCCGUGCCGUUUGUCCUGCCAGAUUCCCGGAGGAGACACACUUCAGUCACAAGAUGAAUGCAGUCAGCUACAGCAUGACAUAGACAAGCUAUAGACAGUUGAGAGAGGAAGAAGUCAGUGGCGCCCUCACCUCAGACAAGACAAAGCUAACAAUUGAUAAUGAAAGCGGUGCCUGAGAAGCGAUGCCUUCACCCACGCUGUGUUCACCACGAUGGAGGAGUGCCCACACUUCCAGGAUCUUACUGUUAAGAGGUUCCUGAAGACCCUACUUGAGGACAACCGCCGAGACAUUCUCUCCAAGCUGGAGAAGUUUGUGCGCCCGAAGCCAGGGAGUGAUGCUGCUAAGACCUUCACUCUGUCUAUCCAUAGGGAUCCGCAGGUGCUGGUGGUGGAAUCUUGCUUGGACAGUGUGAUGGCAAGCAGUCAGGGUUCCAGUCAAAGGUGGUGGUGAUCCAUGCCCAGGACACCAGGGAGGAUGCACUGCAGCUUGCAUCUCAGCUGAGGAAUCCCAUGGAGGGCAACAGAUUGUAUGUGUUGCUUCUGCAAGAGUCUAAGAAGAACACACAAGUUAAGAGCAGCCUGAGGUGUGAUCCAUGGAACAGCAUCCACAAGUGGUUCAUCAAGGUUGACGCUGUGCUGCCGGUACUGUCGCCUCAGCUUCUGCGUCAGAUUCAGAACAGAGACUUCAGCAGAGAGAGUGAGUGGGAGAAACGCUACAACCGCUUUGCCCACUCGAUGAUGCUAGACCAGCAUGUGGAGUACGGGAGCAAGAAUGGGUUCUGCCGUGCCGUUUGUCCUGCCAGAUUCCCGGAGGAGAACAGCAGCAGCAGCAGCAGCAGCAGCAGCAGCAGCACACAAGAGGUGUUUUCUGUAUGAUGAUGAUAAUGGAAAAAGCAUGUUAUAAGCAGGGCAACGUAAUGAAAUUCAGUGAAUGGACGUGUGUGCGUGGCUGCAAUCACUAUGAAAUUAAGUUGAAAAUAAGAAAUAUAUUACUUUACAGAAAGGAAUGCUUAGAGUGAAUGAAAUUACUGUAAUGAAUGAAUGGAAAUAAAAGUUGUGAGUCAUUAAAUGAUUAGGAAAAGAAGCUGUGAAUAGGUGCAUUAUUGUUAUUACUGAAAGGAAGAAUAUUUGUAGGAUAUGUCAUGUAUAUUAUCAAAGUGUUUUCAUUUCUUACUUUCUUCUUUCUCUUUCAUCUUUUCUUAGUAUAUUUAAGUGAAUUUCUCUCUCUCUCUCUCUCUCUCUCUCUCUCUCUCUCUCUCUCUCUCUCUCUCUCUC